CGACGGUAGAAAGGUCAGUGGUCCAGAAGUAGUGUGAUUUCGGGAGCUUUGGCUGAAGACCUUUUUAGCUCUGGAUGUUCGCCACUAGGGGGUAGUAUUCAUCUUGCUCAUUUCAAAAUCUGUCAAAAUAAUCCUUGGAUGCUCUUGGCUGCUCUUGGCUGCUUUCCACUGCACAGUUGUCAGGGCAAUGGCGUCGUUUUUUCUUAUUACGCACUCGGAUUGUCCGUUCAUUUAGGUCACGGCAGGUUAGCUAGAAGACCACUAAGGAAUGCUGGUACUUGUUAUUAGAUUACGUUUUCGGUAUUGUGAUGUUUUUAGAUUUUUUAGAGAUUGCAAGCUAGCUGGCCUUGUUAGGUUAGUGUUGCAAACCAGUUUAGCCAUGUAAUAGGUUGGCCAGCGCGAGUAAGCAAGCUUGUGCAAUAUUUAGCUACUUGGAAGCUAGCCAGUCAAAUAGAUAACUAACGUUACCUUAAAGAAAUUACGAUGUAGCUAGCAAACGCUAAGUAAUGUUAAACGUUAAGUGAUGGUGUGCGAACCAAAACCACAGUUACUGCAAUGAAUGUUUUGUCCUAUGAAGUGAAAUGUUUUGCCAGUUAGCAAACGAUCUAACGCUUCGAGGCUAACACAACGCCAAAUAUGACAACAAUCUUAUGUUGCAACCUAACUAGCUGACUAGUUAUCUGCAAAAAAUGACAACAUACCGCUGACUGAGCGUGGAGGCCAACUAGCUAGUUUGCUCGAUAGCAAGCUAUUCUUGGCCAAUUCGCAUAUCCUUGGCAUCUAGCUGGCUAACGGAGCAAGCGAGCAUAAGUGGAUAAAAAAUAAAUAAGAAGUUGGUGUAUAAAUUUUUACGUGAAUAUGAUGGAAUCUCAGGGCUUAUCGACCAUUUAUGCGUCUCCGACUCUACCGCCACUUCCCCGUCAAGAUCGGGUUCUGCUGCACAAAAGCAGUGUCUGUUCUCGCACCUAUUUUGUGGUGGUGAUGGUCUUUUUUCACGUUUACAUCAUAAACGUCAUUGCCUUGCUUCUCUACGUGUACUAUAACAAUGGCCCUGGAGAACUGAGUACCUCCGGUGGGGACCCCAUGAUAAACAGCGAAAGCAGCGCUCACCAGCCUCUUCCUGACCCUUAUAAGUCUCCAGAUCUGGGGCCCCCAGUAAAGAUCCACCUUCCACGUUUUGAAGGGAUUCGGGUAGGACACAUUCAGAAAAUCUCUCUGGUGCCCAACAGAGUUCAUGAGAUGCGGACCUUGAGCCUGAAGCCAUUGCUUUUUGAGAUCCCAGAUUUCCUGUCGGAGGAGGAGUGCCGUGUGGUGGUGCAGCUCGCCCAGCUGAAGGGCCUCACAGAGAGCCAGAACACAGCGUCCGAGGCCCGGGAGGAGGAGCUGGAGCAGCUGGACCUCAGUCCGGAGGAAAUCUUUAACCUGCUGGACCUCAACCAGGACGGGCAACUCCAGCUUCAGGAGAUUGUGAGCCACUCACACGCUCAGGGCGGAAUGUGGCUGGCCCCAGAGGGCCUGCAGGAGAUCUUUGCCGGACGCAAGGCCAACCCAGACCAUAACGGCCUGCUGAGCCUGGAGGAGUUCAGGCGCCUGAGCACCGAGGACGCGUGGCGCUUCCCGGCGCGGCUCAGCGUGAAGCGGCUCCAGGCGGUGCAGAGCCGGAGACACACCUGGCUGUACCAGGGCGAGGGGGCUCACCGCGUCCUGCAGGCCCUCCGGAGCAGGGUGACCCAUCUGACUCAGCUGCCCCCCCUGCUGGUGGACCUGAGCGAACCUUUGCAGGUGGUACGCUACGACCAAGGGGGUCACCACCAUGCCCACCAUGACAGUGGGCCAAUCCACCCUGAGACUGCCUGCUCCCACACCCGCCUGGCGGUCAACACCUCCACCCGCUAUGAGACGCCCUGUCGGUACAUCACAGUUGUGUUCUAUCUGAACUCUGUGGAGAGCGGUGGGGAAACCACAUUCCCUGUGGCUGACAACAGGACUUAUGAGGAGAAGGCUCUGAUCCAGAAUGGCGUCAGUCUUCUCGACACGCAGAAGAGCUGUGACAAGGGGAACCUGAGAGUGAAGCCCACGCAGGGAACCGCCAUCUUCUGGUACAACCAUCUUUCUGACGGCAAAGGCUGGGUGGGUGAAUUGGAUGAGUACUCCCUGCAUGGCGACUGCGUACUCGCCCACGGAACCAAGUGGGUCGCAAACAACUGGAUCAACAUCGACCCCGACUACCAGCGCCAGGCUCGCUACCAGAAGCUGGUGGCCCCCCAGCAGGACGAUGAGAGAGACAGCACUGAAGGCCUGCUCUUCUGGAGGAUCAGUUUAUCCAAGUUUGCACAACACAAAAUAUUAAUAAAGUGAAUAUGCCAUAGCUGAUCCAGGGUCAGCCCUGGGCACACAGUUGAACUGCAUCCACUGCCAUCCUGUCAGUAACCUGUAGACUACUCAUUCAACCCCCACACCUAAAGGUGAAUGUACUCUCAAAGCAAAUGCCCAGUGAUGUCACAUCCAAAUGAUCGGGGCUAGCGAGGGCUCAACAUGCAUUUUAAAUGUUCCGUCCAGGUUACAUGACAUAGCAUUUGCAAUUAUGUGUUCCACUGGAUGGCAGUUGUUAAAAUCUGUCCUGACCUUUCUUAGGAAGAACCCCUUGUCCAUAAGCAACAACAAAAGAAGUCUGCGAGCAUUAUUUAUGGUUAGCUAGAAGAGAGCAAAUGGGAUUAUUUAAAGCUAGGAAGCGAUCAAGAUCAUUAGCUGAACUACAGCUUUUUUUUAUUAUUAUUUAGAGAAGUUCCUCUCUUUCAUUUGCAGUAGUAUUGAAUGAACAUAGUUUAUUCUACAUAUUUUCAUCCAGGUUGCUAAUAGUGCAUCACAACAAGGAGAAAAUAAAAAGAUAAUUGUAAGGAGGCAGUUAAACAGGCAUGAAAUCAAAUAAUACUUUUAAUGCUGGUUUCAUACAGAACUGUUUUAACGGUUAGAUUUCUAUUUGGGUUAAUUGUUGAACAAAUCCCGUACCCCUGCCCUCUAGUGGCACAAGAUGAAUAACCUGCACGGACCACUCAUGGGCACUUUCUUAUCACAUACUGCAAACAGUGCAGCUAAAGUGCUGUCCCUACCCAUGCCAUGAGAUGGUUUACAUCAGUAGGCUGGUUUGUCAGGUACACAUAUGGAGUAUAAAUCCACCUUAAUGGCUACCAUUAACUGCCCCUCACAAGUCGUGGUUCCUCUGCCUCUGGGUUUCUGCUUGCAGUGGUCUUGGCACCAUUGCCGUACAGUCGCCCACUACAGCUAAGGCCACCCGACCCUCCACAGUCCACAGGGUUCCACUGUUGUAUGGCUGGACAGACUCAGGAGCAGUUCAAGAACACACGGCUUUGAGUUAAACUGCGUGAUAGCCACUUCAGGCCUACUUUUGGUUUAGUGUUUUUUUUUUUCAUAUAUGUAUAAUCAAAAGGUGAAUUCAUCACGUUGUUUACACGUGCACUUUUCACUGAUUGGUGAUUAGGCUUCAGUUUUUCAUAGCUGAUAAGAAAUUGGACUUGUUGGCUGAAGGUUGCAGGUUUGAUUCCCAGUUUUGGAAGAUUUCAGUAAAUCUAUUGACAAAUAAGUGUCAAGCUGUAUGAAUGCAGAUAUGUUCCAGAUGACCUAUGGGUGUCAUCCUAGUGAAAAUAAUGAUAAUGCCACAGAAGUUUGACAUAAAAAUGGGGGAGGGAGAGGUGGAGGGACAAUGGAGGCUUUACUUUUCAUGAGUAGCCAUUGAUAAAACUUUCUAGCAAGAACGGUUGGUAGCAGAGCAAGGUCCAUUUAGGUUUUGCUUGAAAUUAUGGAUUGAGGUAUUAAAAACCCAAUAAUACUCUUUUGAUGUUAUAUAAAGGUUACCUAAGAUAUCGCCAGUCUGUUUUUAAAUAUAUUUUCUGUAGUUUUGGCUGUGUUGCCAUUUUGUUCAUAGGAGAUAUUAAGGCAGAUGUCCUUGCCCUAUUGUAUGGCAGAUGCCCAUUGAAAUUUAGAAAAAGGUUAUAGAUGGCACACAAACAGCUUUUGGGAACAUUCUCAUGCUUUAAGAGAUUUCACUCACUCAGAAGUUUGUCUUUGUAGAUUGGUUGGCACUGCAAGAAUAGCUCUGUGAAUCGCUCUACAGAAAGUAAACUCUUGCAUGGCUACUUGCUAGUCACUCACAUUAACCAGGAUCAGAAAAAGGAACACUGCUUUAGUUGAUUAACAAAUGAAUUUGGUUGAUUAAUUUUGUUGGCUGUUCCCUACCUAUUGCUGGAGGAAAUUAUAUGGUCAUUAAAAUCAGCCAGGAUCAGAAUUAAUACUGUGGCUGAUUAAAUUCACGUGUGCUCCAAACUUGACUUUAUUAUUCUAUCCGUUCAAUAUAUUUGGCAUAUUCCUCAUAAUAUUUAUUUCUCACAACUAUUUUUAAUGUCCAUUGAGCAACUAAUUUUAUGACCUAAGAGACAAGGUCCAUCUGUUAUGGCCUCCAAGUGCUUUUUUUGCUAUUUCAAAACUGCCCAUAGCAUUCACUAAUUUAUCUCACGUUUUGUACAGUUAUCAUGGAUUGUUUAUAAAUAGUAUGUAGUGUACUUUAUUUAUUUAUUUAUUUAUUUUAUUUUUAUUCUGCUCCCUGUCCAUUCGCUCAUUCAUUUCGCAGUUGCCAUUUUUCACACUGGACAUACUCUUGGAGUUUACUCAGUCAUCUGCCAUAUGGGCGGUGCUGCCUGCCAUGUCUAGUUUAAUUUAUGGCUUUUUCAGUCUCAGGGUUCAGUUUACUUUUAAAUCAGUUUAAUAAAAGGUGAUAUACGAUAAUGUUUGUGUGGUUUGAUAUAAAGGGUGUUUUGAUGUUUUGUCUUUGUGUCAAAAAUUGCUUGUUCACCUCCAUGUUUCAGACCUCUGGCAAUCAGUUAGACACUCACUGUGUUAAGUGUUUAAUUUGCGAUGACUGUACUGUUCAAAAACUGCAAUUGUUAUUUAUCUCUUAAUUUAUUUGUACGUUGUUGCUUUAAAUAUGUAUUUCUGAUGCUGUAACAUGGAUACAUAAGCUGGGUGCAAUCCAGAUGUAAUGUAUGUGAUUGCUUUUGGAAAUGCACUGAAUCACUUUUGACUAAUGAAGAUAUUAAAACAUAAAUUAAGGAAAUCACAGUGAAUAAAUUAUUUAACAAUUGUUUAUGCAUCUUUCUUUUAAUCAAAGGGUUUCUGUUAUGAUGGUUAAUUCAAACUUGCAAAUUAGUUAAGGGAUCUAUUCACAUUCGCUCAAACUUAUGAAAAUUCUAAAUCUCACAAAAAUUCUGAAUCUACAUAGAUAGAUUUUUUUUUUUUUUUCCAGUUUCUCAUGUUCUGUCCUCUACAGAUACAGUAGCCAGAGCUUUACAAAUGAUGCAGACCAACUGAUUGGUAACAAAAACUAUCAAAAUGAUGGAUCCUCACACAAAAUAGGCCUACAUUUAAAAAAAAAGACUUGUGUUAAUUUACUUAUUGUCCUGAUAUUGCUUUGAGCGGAAUGAAGUUCUAUUGGUGUUUGUAGCCCUCUUGUGGACAUCUUGUGAAUGCACUUUGGAAAUAAACAUGUAAGCAUCU